UCAGAUUUACAUUGAAAGUUAGAAAUAACCUUUGUAUUCAUAUCUCAUUAGUUUUCAAAAAAUACUUAACCUUUAUAUUAAAAAAAUAAAUUGUAUAUCAGUUUUUACAGCAAUGGGGAAGGGAACGAAGUACGAACUUAAUUCAGUUGAAAAUGAAGAUAUUCAAGAGUCAAAAACUGAUAUUUCUACAAGUAAAAGUGAAACUGAGUUGAUUGCUUCAGCAGAGUCAAGAGAUGCAUGGGGAAACAAAGUGGAAUUUAUACUAGCAUCCAUCAGUUUAGCAGUUGGAUUGGGUAGUAUUUGGAGGUUUCCAUAUUUGUGCCAAAAAAAUGGAGGAGGAGCAUUUCUGAUACCAUACUUUGUUAUGAUGAUAAUUGAAGGGUUACCACUAUUUUUUAUUGAAUUUGCUAUUGGUCAGAGAUUUCGUAGAGGUGCUAUUGGAUGUUGGAGUAAGAUUCAUCCUGCUUUAUUGGGAAUAGGAAUUUCAAGCUUGAUAAUUUCCUUUUUACUAUGUAUAUACUAUAUAGUUGUGAUCGGUUGGUCUUUUUAUUAUAUGUUUGUCUCAUUUACAAAAACAUUACCAUGGCGAAAAGAAGACUGUCCUGAAUAUGAUGCGUUUAAAAACUUAACAAAUAUUUGUAAGCAACAAAAUUCAAUGAGCAAAGCAUGUAAUGAAACACGUGAUUUUCCUCAAUGCUGCGUACAUGAUCCUCAACUUUAUUAUUUUUUUAUCAAGUUUCUUGAUGUUUCUCCUGGAAUCGAGGAUCUUGGGGAUGGAAUUCAGUGGAAAAAUCUUGGAUGUCUUGCACUUUCAUGGGUUAUUGUGUUUAUAUGCAUAGCUAAAGGUGUGAAGAGCAGUGGAAAGGCUGUAUACUUCACUGCAACUUUUCCAUAUGUCAUAUUACUUGUUUUGUUUAUUGUCGGUGUAAGGUUGAAAGGAGCUACGAACGGACUAAAACAAUUGUUUUAUCCUAAGUUUGACAAGCUUCUAGAUCCUGAAAUAUGGAUGGAUGCAGCCACACAGAUGUUUUUUAACCUGAGUUUAGGGUUUGGUGCACUUGUAUCAUUUGCUAGCUACAACCCACUUCGUAGUAAUUGCAUAAAGGAUGCAUACAUUGUUGUUUUAGUGAAUUUUUUUACAGCUAUUUUUUCAGCAAUGGUUGUGUUUUGUAUAUUGGGCUAUCGCGAAGCUCAUCUUGGAAAAUCUGCUGAAACGAUUGGUAGUGGACCUGGUUUGGCCUUUAUCACAUUUUGUGAUGUUUUCUUGGAACUUCCUUUCCCUCAAGCAUGGGCUGCUUUCUUUUUUUUCAUGCUUAUUUUACUUGGCAUUGGUUCUGAAUUCGGAACAUUGGAAGGAGCUAUUGCACCAUUUUAUGAUAUGAAGUGGGUUUCUAUACGAAAGGAAAUAUUUACAGGGAUUGUCAUCUUGGUUUUGUUGGGAUGUGGCUUAGGCUUGGUAUCAUCAAGUGGUUAUUAUGCUUUUCAACUUUUUGAUGAUUAUUGUGUUUCACUUGGUCUGCUGUUUAUUACGUUUUUUCAAACUGUCGCUGUUUCAUGGGUGUAUGGUAAUGAUAGGUUUGCAGAUGAUCUAGAAUUUAUGACUGGUUCUCGUCCAAAUAUAUUUUGGAUGGUUUGUUGGAAAUACAUAUCACCAUUUGCUAUAUUGGUUAUCUUUUUUACUAAUUUUUAUAAGCUAGCAACUACUACUGCUACAUAUAAAGCAUAUGUUGGCUGUCCACAGCAAUUAACUGACUACUCGCCUCAUAGCAAAGGAGUAGAAGGUUCACUGGCGGACAUUGAAUACCCUUGGUGGGGGAAAAUUUUUAUCUUUAUAAUGAUAUUUUCAACUAUGGCGCCUAUACUUAUAUCAUUAGCAGUUGGGUUUUAUAAGAAUCCUAAACAAAUGUUGCAGGGGAUUAACAAGAAACUUAGAAACAUUUAUGAAUACCAUCCUGAUCCUCGUCGGGUUGAUGUAACUCGACAGAAAACAAAAUCAAAAAUACAGAUGGAAAUUCUUGCUGACAUAGAAACUGAUAAUAAAUAAUUUUAUAAUUUGUUAAAAAAAAAUUUUUUUAAUUUAAAA